AUGAUGCAGCGCCCACUGGGAAGCACCACUGCCUUCAGUAUCGACUCUCUGAUCGGCGGGCCCCCUCAGCCCAGCCCGGGACACUUCGUCUACACUGGCUACCCCAUGUUCAUGCCGUACCGGUCAGUGGUGCUCCCACCGCCCCCUCCGCCGCCCCCUGCCCUACCCCAGUCCGCCCUGCAGCAGGGGCUCUCGGCUACCCAUCCGCACCACCAGAUCCCCAGCCUCCAGAACUCUUUCUGCUCUAGCCUGGCUCAGGGCAUGGCGCUCACCUCCACCCUGAUGGCCAGCCUGCCUGGAGGGUUCUCGGCUUCACAGCAGCACCAGGAUGCGGCGAGGAAGUUCGGCUCGCAGUCUCUCCACGCAGCCUUUAAUAAAUCUCAGGACAUUCGUUUGGAUGGGGAUGACGGAAAGACUUUUCUAGGAAAGGAGUCCGCGGCGCUCCCCUCCUACCACGACUCAGAGCCACUGCAGUCAUCCACAGGUACAGUAAACUCUGCUGGACAGGGUUGUUUACAUGACCUGACUUAAGGUUCUAUUGAGGAAAAGUUUGACUUAGCCUAUGUGAUAUGUGGUUGUCUUGUACCUGGAUGCACUAAAUGUAAGUCGCUCUGAAUAAGAGCGCCCAAGUUGUAAAAGAGAAGUUCAAAGCGAAUACUCGUAUUUAUUAGGCCUAUUAUUUAAAAUAGUGCACAUUUGCAAGGUUCAUUAUAAGAGGUAAUUCGAACUCUUAACUUUACCUAAUUAAUUAUGCUAUUAGGCAUAAACCUAAAGGACCAAUAUUACCAAACUACGUCAUCAAUGUGCAAAGAAAUACCCACGUGCAAUUUGAGGAUAACUUACAAGUUCUACUCACUCAAUGUUGGCUUAGGCUAUAUCCUGUGAAUUUCACAUCAAACGACAACGAUUAA